AUGCCAGCCGGCAGCGACCCGGCUUGCCCUGCAGGCCUUGAUGGGUUCCCCUCAGGUGUUGGUGGAGGCCGUGCAUACUUGGGGGCCCCCAUACCUCUGGGGGCCCCCGUUCGGUUGGGGGGCCCCCUGCGUGUCUUUGAGUUUUUCAGUGGCAUUGGGGGCCUGCGUGAGGGUUUAACGGAGGCGCUUUCGGGUCUUAGGGUUCGAUGGGGUUGUGAUAUAAAUGCGGAGGUUGUGGGGGCUUACGAUAUAAGUGCAACAGCAAAUGAGGUGUAUAGACACAACUUCAAGGUUUCACCGAUCUGCAUUUCUAUAGAGCAUCUAUCUCUUCAGCAGAUAGAUGGAAAAGCAGAUCUAUGGCUGCUCUCUCCCCCCUCUCAUGACCUGCAGCAAGAACUGAAACCGCUGCAACAGCAGCAGCAGCAGCAACAGCAGGGGCAGCAACAGCAGCGUGUAUGUGUAGGCCAGCAGCAGCACUCCCACCACCAGCAACAGGAGCACCAGCAGCAAGAACAGGAGCAGCAGCAGCAGCAGCAACAGCAUAUUCAUCGUGAAGAACAGCAAGAUGUAUCUCUGAAUCUCAGUGUUGGCGUGCCUGAUCUGCAGCUGGUGCCCCCCGUGUUGUCAUGGGGGCCCCCUGGGGGCCCCCCACCUGCUGAAGGUUUUGAAUUGCGUUGCAUAGGGGAUUUCUUAGAGCCAGUUCAACAUUUCCUUCUAUCACCCACACAAAUAGGAAUUCCAAAUACAAGAGUCAGAUACUACUGCUUAGCAUGCAGACACCCAGCUCAUGACCUGCAGCAAGAACUGAAACAGCUGCAACAGCAGCAGCAGCAGCAGCAAGGGCAGCAGCAGCGUGUAUGUGUAGCCCAGCAGCAGCACUCCCACCACCAGCAACAGGAGCACCAGCAGCAAGAACAGGAGCAGCAGCAGCAGCAGCAGCAACAGCAUAUUCAUCGUGAAGAACAGCAAGAUAUAUCUCUGAAUCUCAGUGUUGGCGUGCCUGAUCUGCAGCUGGUGCCCCCCGUAUUAUCAUGGGGGCCCCCUGGGGGCCCCCCACCUGCUGAAGGUUUUGAAUUGCGUUGCAUAGGGGAUUUCUUGGAGCCGAAUAUUUCGGUUGAGGAGCAGCAAGCUGUACGCAUCCCUGCUGCUCGUCUCAGUCGUUUUUUUGAUGUGGAAACGACGGAGAGAGAGACAGAGAAGAAACAGAAAACAGAAACAAAUAAAAAGGAGGCUGAGGGCGUGCUCAGGCCCAGCAACUCCAGCGACACAGACGGUGAUGCUGAGGCUACAGGGGAGGAAACACAAUUCAAAAAACACACAAAAACCCCAACGCAUAGAAACAACGGUUUCAGACUUGAAAUAGUCAGCCCCAACCACACUGCAUGCGGCACCUUCACGAAGGGGUACGGACGCAACCUGCAUUCAGGGGGCCCCCUUCUCCUCGUUUCUGAUGAGCAGCAACACCCCCAGGUUCCAGCAGCAGGAGCGAGGACAGCAGCAGCAGCAUCGGAUGCAGCAGCAGCAGCAGCAGCAGCAGCAACAGCAAGCGACGCGGCAGCAACCGCAGCAGCAGCACCGGAAACGGCAGCAAUCGCAGCAGGAAUGACUGCAACAACAGCUGCAGCAACAGCAGAUACAGCAGCAGCAAAAACAGCUGCUGCAGUACUCUCAACACAAACCUUAGAGAGCAGCCGUUUCCGUCGGCUGCGUGCAGGGGAAAGCAUUCGUUUUUUUUCUUCUCGUGAGUUGCUGCGGCUGCAUGGAUUCCCUGAAACUUUUUCUUUUCCUCCUUCUUUGCCUUUUCGAAAGAGAGCAGCACUUGUAGGCAACUCUGUUAAUGUCAAGGUAGUGGCCCUGCUGCUGCAGCACCUGCUGCAGCAACACCUGUAG